GAGCCGCCGGAGCCGCAGCCGCAGCCGCGGAGCCGCCAGAGCAGCACCGGAGCCGGGGCCGGGAUGUGACGGGGCGGCCGCUUCGCGCCCCGUUGCGCCUCUGCCCCGGGCCCGAGGGCCCCGAGCCCCGGGAGGCUGUCGGGGGGUGGCGGCGGCGGCGGGCCCCCCCCCCGCCGCCCCCAUGUCGGAGGGGCCGCCCUACGGCGAGGGGCAGCUGGCGGGGGACGCGGCCGUGGGGCAGCUGCCCUUCCCCGUUCGGCUCCGCGGCCCCGACACGCUCCUCGCCGGAGGGCAGGGCAAGCGGCCCCCCAAACUGGGGCAGAUCGGCCGCAGCAAGAGAGUGGUGAUUGAAGAUGACAGAAUCGAUGAUGUGCUGCAAAACCUCUCGGAAAAGGCCCCCCCCGGUGUUUAAAACCUCCCUGGGGAUGCUCGGAUGAAGCUGGGGAGGACGCCGGGGUGGGGAGUGGGGUGGGAGUCGGUUUCCGACGGUUAUCGGCAUAAAAUCCCCCCUCCCUCCCCCCCAACAGACACACACACACACCCACCCCCCAAACACCGAGCAAGCCCUGGGAGAACCAACCUCACCAGCCUGCAGCCCCCACCACCCAGCAGCACCACCACCCCCUGCCCUCUCCUGGGAGGGGAGGAGGGGUGCGAGGCAGCGAGGGAGACGGAGCCCAGCGACAAGCACAAACCGAGAUGGAUGAGAAGUCGAAGAACACUAAACCCGGGAAAGAAACAACCAGCAGCCCCCCCCCCGACCCCACCCCGCCGGCGCCAAGGGAUGAACCCAGGCAUCGCCGCCGCGCUGAGCUGCUCCUGACUUCGUGGCUCCAUCUGAUCAACCUCCAGCUGUGUUAGACUGCGGGCGGGGCGGGGAGGAUAGGGGGUUUAUGAACCUCCAAAUGUGUGAGAUGGGAGUUUGGAGGGUAAGAGGUUCAUGGACCUCGAAGUGUGCUAAGUGUGGGUGGGGGCAAGAGGUUUAUGAACUUCAAAGUGUGUUAGGUUGGGGCGGGGGAGGGUAUGAGUUGUGUGAAACUCAACUCGCCUUAGGCUGGAAGGGGAAGAGGUUUAUGAACUUCAGCCCAGGUUGGAUUUCGAGGGGGUGUGAGUUUUAUGAACCUCAACCAUGUUAAAUUGGAAGGGUAGGAGGUUUAUGAACCUCAAGCCACCUUAGAUUGGGGUGGGGGGAGGAGGGUAUGAGUUUUAUGAACCUCAGUCUGGGUUGUAUUGGAGGGUAAGAGGUUCAUGAAGCUCAAACUGUCUUAGAUCUGGGGAGGUUGGGAAGAGGUUCAUGAAGCUCAAACUGUCUUAGAUCUGGGGAGGUUGGUAAAAGGUUCAUGAAGCUCAAACUCUCUCAGAUCUGGGGAGGUUGGUAAAAGGUUCAUGAAGCUCAAACUCUCUCAGAUCUGGGGAGGUUGGUAAGAGGUUCAUGAAGCUCAAACUCUCUUAGAUCUGGGGAGGUUGGUAAGAGGUUCAUGAAGCUCAAACUCAGAUCUGGGGAGGUUGGUAAGAGGUUCAUGAAGCUCAAACUCUCUCAGAUCUGGGGAGGUUGGUAAAAGGUUCAUGAAGCUCAAACUCAGAUCUGGGGAGGUUGGUAAAAGGUUCAUGAAGCUCAAACUCAGAUCUGGGGAGGUUGGUAAAAGGUUCAUGAAGCUCAAACUCUCUCAGAUCUGGGGAGGUUGGUAAGAGGUUCAUGAAGCUCAACCCAUGUUAGUCUGGAAGGAGAAGAGAUUUAUGAGCCUCAAAGAGUGUUAGAUUUGGGAGGGGGGUGGGGUGGUGUUAUGAGUUUUAUGACCCUCAAUCCAUGCUAGAUUGAAGGGAUAAGAGGUUCAUGAAGCUCAAAGUGUGCUACAUCUGGAGGGUGUGUGUAUGUAUGCAUGAAUUUUAUGCCCCUCCAUCCAUGCUAGAUCAAAGGGAUAAGAGGUUCAUAAACUUCAAACCUCGUCAAACCAAGGGGGUUAAAGGAGGGAGUGGGGCAGCAAUGGAUGAAUAUUUUUUGGGGGGGAGGGGGCAGGCCUGGGGUUACAUCCCCCCCCCCCCCCCCCCCCAAGCCGGGGUCACUCCCCAUGGGGACAGUGUUUACAUUAUUUAACCUUGCAAAAACGAAUCAGUGCACUUGGGAUGUACCAGGCUGGGUUUCCCCCUCCCCUUAUCUAUCCCCUUGGGGUUGGUUUGGGUUUUAUUUUACUUCAUGUUGAUGUCUUUGAGUGUUAGAAACUGGUUUGAAAAUAUGAAUCUAUUUCAUUUGAA